UUGGCAAAGGACACGAUUAACGUUCGUUGGCCAAACAUCAAUUUCAUGGAGAAUGUACAGCUUAUACUCACUGUUCCCGCUGAAUUUACCGACAAAGCAAAGGGAAUAAUGAGAGAAUGUGCCUUUAAUGCUAAUCUUAUCAAUACUUUGCAAUCUAGCCAUCUUCGAUUUACCACCGAACCGGAAGCUGCUGCUUUAUAUUGUAUGAAAGUGUUAAAAGAAUACUUUGAUAACUCAGUUGGAACGUCCUUCCUUAUAUGUGAUUGUGGAGGUGGCACCGUAGAUCUAACAACACGUACACUUUUAGAAGGAAAUAAACUAGGAGAGAUCACCGAACGAACUGGUGGUUUUUGUGGAGGCAGUUAUGUGGAUCAAGAAUUCGUUAAAUAUCUUAGACGCAAAGUCGGUUCUAUCGCUGUCGAUAAUCUUAAAGAAAAACACUAUGGUCAAUAUCAAUACAUGAUUCAACAAUUUUGUAAACUUGUAAAAUUGCCUUUUACUGGCGAUCGAAAUGCUUUCAGACUUAUUGAGUUCGAUCUUGGAGAAAAUUGUCCGGUGAUUAAACAAUAUGUGCAGGGGAAGGAUAAGUCACUACUAGAAGAGGAAGAAUGGAUUUUAGAAUUAGACUUUGAAACUGUGAAAUCGAUGUUUGACCCAGUAAUUGGGAAGAUUAUUCGGCUAAUACGUAAUCAGUUAAAUUCUGGAAAUUGUCAAGCAUUAUUUUUAGUAGGAGGAUUUAGCGAAUCAAAGUAUCUGCAAUCGCGAGUUAAGGAAGAGUUCGAUUCACAAGUGGGAACUAUUGCUGUACCUCGGCAACCCAUAACAGCAAUUGUUCGUGGAGCGGUCGAUUAUGGCCUAAAAUUUAGUACUAUAAAAGAUAGAGUAUUAACAUAUACAUAUGGUGUGUUAACUUCUCCGAAAUGGACUGAAGGUGAUCCUCCGGAACGGAAAAGAAGCGAUGGCCGGAUUGAUAAGUUCUUAGAAAUGGCUAAACGUGGAACUCGAGUUAACGUGGACCAAAAGUUUUCCCAAAGUUUGGUUCCUAUUAAAGAAGAUCAAACACGGCUGUCCAUGGAUACCUAUGUUACUAGAGAGUAUAGUGCAACAUUUUGUGAUGAACCAGGAAUGAAACUACUUGGAGCUUUUACUAUCGACUUGCCAGAUACUCACCUUGGUUUAAAUAGGCCGGUGCGAUAUACACUUUCUUUCGGUCAGAUGGAAAUAGAAUGUAUUGCAAGGAAUGAAACCAAUGGAAACGUUUAUAAUACUACUUUUACUUUGGAUUUAGAUUAA